AUGCAGAUAUGUCCUAAGGACCAGGCAAGCUUUUCAAGCAGAACAAGAAUCAUCUGUUAUCAAGGUGGCAAGUGCGUCUUCCCCUUCUACUACAACAAAGGCAUGUUCUACGACUGCAUCGAGUUCAAGGCCAAACACAAGUGGUGCUCCUUAACGGAGACUUUCAAAGGACAUUGGAAGUACUGUUCUGAAGAAGACAUGGCCAAGUGCAUGUUUCCCUUCUGGUUCCGGCGCAUGAUCUACUGGGAAUGUACCGAAGACUCGGAGGCAACUGGGAGACCCUGGUGCUCCCUGACUCAGAAUUAUAACAAGGAUAAAGUUUGGAAAUAUUGUGAUCCAUAA